AUGGCUAACACGACACUCAAACUCACGAAUCGCUCUCCGAAGCAGCCCAUCAAGAGGCUUCCCACAACGGUUGACCUACCUGCCGAUGCUACCGUCGACGACCUGAAGGCUCUGAUCGCCAAAGAAGCCAAAAUUUCCGACUUUAACCGUAUUGGCAUCUAUGAUCCCACUACCAAGAAGACCUUGAAGAACCGUAAAGCUCGCGUGGCAGACGAGCCAAACGUGACUGCCGCCAACGAAGUUCUGGUCAAGGAUCUCGGCCCCCAGAUUGGUUGGAGAACUGUCUUCGUCAUCGAGUACUUUGGACCUAUUUUGUUUCACGCCCUAGUUGUCGCCGCCCGUCCCUACAUCUACAAGAAUGGUGAUGGCGACAUGUCCACAACCCAGUGGCUGGCCUUUGGCAUGAUUGUGGCCCAUUUCAUCAAACGCGAGAUCGAGACUCUCUUCGUUCACAAAUUCUCCGCCAACACCAUGCCGGUUUCCAACGUUUUCAAGAACAGUUUCUUCUACUGGGCUCUGUCCGGCCUUCUUUGCGCCGUGUCCAUCUAUAACCCCAACUCCCGUGCCGCUCGUGCCGAUAAGCCUGCUUUCGACCUCGUUGGGCUUGCUCUUUACCUCUUUGGCGAGACUGGUAACGCCCUGGUCCACCUGUACCUGUCUUCUCUGCGCUCUGCCGGUGGGACUGAGCGCAAGAUCCCCUCUGGUUACGGGUUCGCUAUUGUCACAUGCCCCAACUACAUGUACGAAAUUUUGUCUUGGGUCGGCAUCAUUGUUGCCAGUCGGGACUGGACGGUGGCGCUUUUCAUCAGCAUUGGCGCCGCGCAGAUGUUUACCUGGGCCAAGGGUAAGGAGAGAGCAUAUCGCAAAGAGUUUGGUGACAAGUACAAGAAGAAGCGUUUUGUCAUGUUGCCUGGGCUGUUGUAA